UGAUGAUUACAAAGUAUUAGAAGCCUGUUCCCAAGAAUCAGGUUGUUAUUUAAUCGAAGCAAAAAUACUUAUUUAAUAUCCAUUGACAAAGUGACGAUCAUUAUGAGCUCGAUCUUUGGUGGCGGCGAUAAUAACGAUAGCUUGAACGUGAUAAUUUUCGACGCAUCCAAAAAUGAAAGGAAACUGAAUGAGGAGUUCAAAGUUUUGCAACGAAAAUUAAAGUCGAAAUGGAAAUUCGUCGAAAAUAACGAUGUAUUGACGGAGAAAUCGUUAUCAACGGGGAAAGUAUUGGUAUUGCCUGGUCCACAAAAUAGAUUCACAGAAUUAGAAAUGAACGCUAUUAGAACGUUCUUAAAUUCUGGUGGACACGUUUUAGUUAUGCUUGGUGAAGGUGGCGAGAAAAAAUCAAAUACUAACGUCAACUUUUUAUUAGAAGAGUUUGGUAUAAUGGUCAACAAUGAUAGUGUAAUACGCAUGAGUUAUAGUCAGACAAUGCAUCCAAAGGAGUGUUUAAUUUCUCAAGGGAUGUCAAAUAAAUCAAUCUUCUCGAGAAAUCGCGAUGAAUACACAGAGAUUAAUUUUUUAUAUCCGUAUGGUGCAACUUUAAAUGUGGCACAACCAUCGAUAGUUGCAUUAUCCACUGGCUCGAUUGCCAUUCCAAUAAACAGACCAAUUUGUGCUUACCAUUGCAAUCAAGACAAUAGCGGAAAAUUGCUUGUCUUAGGUUCAUCGAGAAUGUUAACAGACAUGUAUAUUGAGAAAGAAAAGAAUGAUUCUUUAAGGGAAAUGAUUUUUGACUUUUUCGAAUCCAAAGAUCUUGUGAUCAAAGAAUCUCACUUCGACGAUGUUGAUUUUUGGGAGUACAAUUUUAUCCCAGAUAUAACACAGCAAGCAGACAAUCCAAAAGUGUGUACUCAAGAUAUGGAUAUAAUGGACAAUCCUCAUGAGUACAGCAAAUUGUUUAAACAUCAAUUUUAUUCAGUAAACUUGGAUAUGGUACCAGCCUGUAUAAAAGCCUUUGAAGUUUUAGAUAUAAAGCAUGAACCACUUACUCUAAUUCCACCACACUUCGAAGCUCCAUUACCGGCUACUCAAGCUUCGGUGUUUCCACCGAGUUUCCAAGAAUUACCACCGCCGGCAUUGGAACUAUUCGAUCUGGACGAGGCGUUCAGUUCUGAUUUAUUGAAGUUAUCCCAAUUGACAAAUAAAUAUAUGGCAACAAGUAGUCUAUUAAAAGACGUGGAAUUGGAUCAUUAUAUUCGAGAGUUUGGAAGUAUCAUUAGAAUUAGUAAUUCUGAGACACAUACAGCCAAAGAAGUAUUAAAUGCAGUAUUUCAAAGUAUCUGCAGCUACAAAGCUAUGCAUGAGUGAAAUGAUUGUAAAGUCAGAGAUGAGGAGUUGCUCAUGAGCCCGUUUACCUGAGCCGAUUUUUGACCGUUAUGAAGCACCGCCUCUAAUGGCGGAAGUCCUAA